CCCGGAGGCCACGGGCCCGGCAGGAAGGUCACUUCUACCAGGGUUGGGAGUCUCGAGGCACUCUUCCCUCGGUCACUGAUCCCCAGUCAUGCCCUGGAUCUGGACUCUCCCACCUUUGGUGCUUACCUUUAUUGUUGGGUCCUUGUCAAGCAUUACUGCUCAAGCGGUUGAUACCAAAUCUAAACUGAGGACAAAUGCUACUAAAACUGAGACUGGGUGCCCAGAAGGCCAGCAGCUUGGGGACCAGUCCUGUGGUCGCCCAUGUCCACCUGGCACCAGAAAAUGUGCUGGCUGUUCAAACAAUGGGGUGGAACUGUCCUGCCAACCCUGCCAAGAAGGAAAAGAAUAUACAGACAAGGAGCAUUAUUCUACAAAGUGCAGAAGAUGUGGAUCUUGUGAUGGAGGACAUGGCUUAGAAGUAGAAACAAACUGCACCCUGACCCAGGAUAUCAAGUGCAGAUGCAAACCAAACUUUUAUUGUGACACAUCUGUAUGUGAUCACUGCAACCCCUGUGCCACGUGUGAACAUGGAAUCAUCGAGAAGUGCACACCAACGAGCAAUACCAAAUGCAAAAAAGAAACUUUGGUUUCUAGAUCCAGCUUGCACUACCUAUGGAGCCUCUUAUUGAUUCCAAUAAUUGGGGGGGUGAUAUUUUGGCUAUGUCAGCGGCACCAUUCACAUCGUGGAGAUCAUGAAUUUCCACCCUUAAAUGACGAAACAAUGCCACUCAAUUUUAUAGAUGUGGACUUGAGUAAAUACAUCACUGACAUUGCUGAGCAAAUGACAAUAAAUCAAGUAAAAGAUUUUGUCCGGAAAAAUAAUAUCAAUGAAGCUAAAAUAGAUGAGAUCAAGAAUAACAAUCCCCAAGACACCGCUGAGCAGAAAGUCCAGCUACUCCGUGAUUGGUAUCAAUUCCACGGGAAGAAGGGUGCCUUUAGCACUUUAGUCAAAAGUCUCAAGAAAGCCAAUUUUUGUGCUCUUGCAGAGAAAAUUCAGGACAUGAUCCGGGCAGAUAUUGAAAAAUCAACAUCAAACUUUAGACAUGAAAAUGAACAACAAAGUUUGGCCUAGAGAGCUAACAAACUCAGUUUUGACUAUGUACAAUCAAUAAACAGAAAAAAGUAAUGAGAAAAACGUUUAUACUUACAGAAGGCAAUAAUAUGACUAAGGCAAUUGCUAGACUUUUUGUGAUAUAUUGUAUUUUUUGUUAGUUUUCGAGAGCUCUUAUAUUGAUACAUAUUGAAGAUCUCAUGAUUCUGCCUUCAAGAAUGUUUAAAAUCAAAUUGGAAAAACAGACUUUGUGAAGCAUAAAUAAGUUCCCCAAAAGAAAUAUAAAUGGAGACAAAAUGUUUAGUGCUAUGCUCUGGUAUCUAGCAUGAUUCUGCCGGCCUCAAUGUCGUUAUGUUAAGCUGACUGGAUACCUAUAAAAGCUGUAACUUUUUGUUACAAUGUCAAAGUCACAAGAAAGACUACUUUACCUCUCUCCCAGCUCCCCAAUGUUUACCAGGGAAGGAGGCUAGUCAGACAAAGCUGCAUGGUACUUGAAUACA